GAGUUGCUGCUCCCUUGGGGGCAAAAUAAGAUCCCUAGGGCAGUCUGUUGGCCAGCACAACUCCUGUCAAGCAAAUGAUACUUUCAAAAUAAAUGCAAACAGUGUUGUGACUCAGAGAAGAAUGGAAGGUAUUUAUACUGCACCAAGGACAGUCCUUUUAUUGUUUGCCAACAUGCUCUGAAUGUUUAUGUACCGCCAGCCCUGCCACCCAGACAGGCUGCAUUAUCUGGCCGAGGAGAGGGGGCAUUGCUUAGUCCGCCUCGCACAUUAGCUGCCGAGCCCCACAAUUGAACGCUGGUAAGUGCUGGCAUAGGUCAGGCAUUGUUUGAAUGUGUUGCAAAUGGUUUCCCAGGGAAACAGCAAAUGAGGGCUCCUAGCUUGCCGCCGCCACCGCCGGAGAACUGAAAUGACAGCCAGGUACGAGGCAGUGACUGCACACAGUACAGGAUGAGAGACGGCACCUGGGCUGUGAGAGGAGUGCAACCAAGCGUGUGAAUCCAGCAGCAGCAGCAGCAGCAAACUUAUCCCACAGGAUGAAGAAACACUCAGCCAAAGUGGCCCCUGCAUCCUCCUUCAGUGUGUCAGAACUGCACGCCGCUAUCAUAGACGGAGGAGAUGGGCUGCAAUCCAAUACGGAAAACAGCACAGAAGAUGCUGAAAAGUCCCGCUGCCAGUCAUGUACCUCCACUUUUCUUAAAUUUGUCUGGGGAUUUCUAAUAAUUCUGUCAGUGUCAUCCUCUUGGGUCGGAACCACGCAGAUUAUCAAAAUUACUUACAAGAACUUUUACUGCCCCUUUUUCAUGACCUGGUUUUCAACAAACUGGAACAUAAUGUUUUUCCCGGUGUAUUAUUCAGGACAUUUUGCAAUGGCACAAGAAAAGCAAACCAUGUUACAGAAGAUCAGGGAAUGUAGCCGGAUUUUCGGUGAAGAUGGUUUGACCUUGAAACUCUUUCUGAAGCGAACAGCCCCCUUUUCCAUCCUAUGGACUUUGACCAAUUAUCUGUACUUAUUGGCUCUGAAGAAACUUACUGCUACAGAUGUUUCAGCGCUCUUCUGCUGCAAUAAAGCAUUUAUGUUCCUACUGUCAUGGAUUGUGCUUAAAGACAAGUUCAUGGGUGUACGGAUAGUUGCUGCAAUAAUGGCAAUAACAGGAAUCGUCAUGAUGGCGUAUGCAGAUGGUUUCCAUGGUGACUCAAUUAUUGGCGUUGCUUUGGCUGUUGGUUCAGCUUCAGCCUCAGCAUUAUACAAGGUGUUAUUUAAAAUGUUUCUUGGGACUGCCAACUUCGGAGAAGCAGCACAUUUUUUUUCCACAUUGGGAUUCUUCAACCUCAUCUUUAUUUCAUGCACACCAGUUAUACUGUAUUUUACCAAAGUGGAGUACUGGUCAUCAUUUUCCGCUUUGCCCUGGGGUUAUCUGUGCGGAGUUGCAGGCCUAUGGUUCGCAUUUAACAUAUUAGUGAAUGUUGGAGUUGUCCUGACAUAUCCAAUUUUGGUUUCUAUUGGAACGGUUCUCAGUGUUCCAGGCAAUGCAGCUAUCGACCUGCUGAAACACGAAGUGAUUUUCAGUGUUGUCAGACUGGGGGCAACUAUUAUCAUUUGCCUUGGAUUCCUGCUUAUGCUGCUCCCAGAGGAAUGGGAUGAGAUAACUCUGCGGUUCAUUAAUAGUUUAAAGGAGAAGAAGUCGGAGGAACAUACAGAGGAUGUUGCAGAAUCCAGCAUACACACAAGGAGCAGAAGUAGAGCUAAUGGCACAGUAUCUAUACCAUUGUCUUAGAGCCUGACUUAUUCUUUUGCACGUGAAUGUAUAUUCUGUGAAUAUAAUUAAAUUAUUUCACUAAUUGUAAUGUAUUACAACAGUAUUAAUCUGCGAUGUGUUCUAAGUCACUGGGAUAAAGUUUACAUUUAUAUAUAGUGUAAAUAAACAUAAUAAAGUUUUUUUUCUAGAAAA